UGUGUCACUUGAUAUAUGAACGCAAUAUAAAAACGCAUGUGUCUAAAUUUAUUUAUAUCUCAUGCUCAAAAUUUUGUGAGUUAUCUAUAGUUAUGUGAUAAAAGAUUUAAAUUAUAUAAAUAAUCUUAUGGAUUAUCAUGGCAUAUAAGUCACUAAUUGCUCCAAACAUAAAAUAACCUUUUUUAACAUUACAAAGUAAUGUGUUUUCAGAAUGACAAUUGAUUAAUAACAAUUUAUAAACUGAUCAUGAUAUUCAUCUUGACUCCUUUAAGACUCUGUAAAUAUAAAUCAUAUUCUUUACAAAAAUUUAUCGCUGUAACAUAUUCAACAAAAGUAGCACCAAAAGAAUUACCAAAAUUAAAAGAGAAACCAUGGAUCACAUCACCUAAUUCUAAAUCUCAUCUAAGGAUAAAACCCGCAGCUUUAUCACCACCCGAAGCAGUAUUAUCAAAUAUCAAUUUUUCAGAGAUUCCACUUGAAACUACAAAAAGAAAAAAGGAAGAAUGGAAGGAUAUAAAAUUGGAUUAUUCCAAACUUCACAAGUACUGUCUGAUGCUAUCAAAAAUACGUUUAACCUCUUUAGUAGUUAUAACAACAAUGGGUGGUUAUGUAAUAGCACCAGGUGUUUUCGAUCCAUACACUUUUAUAAUGUGUUCAGUUGGUACAGGACUAGUAUCAGCAACAGCUAAUUCUGUUAAUCAAUUUUUUGAAGUACCUUUCGAUGCUCAAAUGUCUAGAACGAAAAAUAGAGUUUUAGUAAGAGGUUACCUCACUCCCGGACAUGCAAUCCUUUUUGCAGCAGCAUCUGGAAUAGCAGGACUUUCUUUACUUAAUUUUCAAGUAAAUGGCUUAACUGCUGCUCUUGGUGCUACCAAUCUUAUUUUAUAUACGCUUAUUUAUACUCCAAUGAAAAGAGUUUCUAUCCUCAAUACGUGGGUGGGAUCUAUAGUUGGAGCUAUACCACCAUUAAUGGGUUGGGCUGCUUGUACAGGUGACAUUUUAGCACCAGGAGCUUGGAUAAUGUCUGGAAUAUUAUAUGCCUGGCAAUUUCCUCAUUUUAACGCUUUAUCGUGGAAUUUAAGACCUGAUUAUUCACGUGCCGGUUAUCGAAUGAUGGCUGUGACUAAUCCUGAUUUGUGCCGGAAGACGGCUUUAAGAUAUACAGCGGUACUUACCGGUCUCUCAUAUCUUGCGCCAAUUUUAGAUGUUACCAAUUGGUCGUUUGCAAUCUUAUCUACACCACUCAAUACAUACUUCCUUUAUUUAGCCUGGCGAUUUUAUAAAGAAUCAGAUAGUGCGAAUUCUCGAAAACUAUUCAGAUUUUCUUUAAUUCAUCUACCCUUACUGAUGAUCAUGAUGUUAUGUAGCAAGAAACAUUGGAGCACAAAAAAAGAUACAUUAGAACAAUUAAACCAUAAAGAUAUAGAAAAGGGUGGUAGCAGAUUUGAUAGUUUAUAUCAAAUCUUUGCUACUCCACAUGCUUAGAUAAUUAUAUAUUGCAGUGAUAAAGUGUACAUGUGUAAAAUAAUAAUUAUUUAUUAUAAAUUCGAAUUAUAGGCGUCUUGUAUAUAAAAUACAAGUUAAAUAAUGUUGGAAGAUUUUAAUACAUAUGUACAUAAUAUUUAUUUAAAAUAUUUUGUAGCAAGUCCUUUGUCAUGUCAAACUUUUUGCAUCAUUUCUUUUAAGGGUAAAUUGAAUUGCCAUUUGUCGACGUGUUUUUGUUAAGUUUCUAUGACCUGUACAAUCUAGGUUCUCAUUAAAGCACUUGUUCCUACAGCACUGACGGCAGAGCUUGUAUUCACACUUGGAGCCCUGUGAAAAAUUUUUUUAAAGUUAAUAUAAAGAGCUUGCCAUUAA